GGGGCGGGACCCACGAGGUCCGGUUCCGUUAAAAGGGUGGGAGCGGCCCAGAGGCCCGUCGUCCCGGGUUGGAGUCUUCCAGACAGCUGGUGCAGCCGAUCGCUGGAACUUUCUCAGCCUCAGUCAUGUCUUGUGGUCUGGUCGCCAGCAACCUGAACCUCAAACCUGGGGAGUGCCUCAAAGUGCGGGGCGAGGUGUCCCCGGAUGCCAAGAGCUUCGUGCUGAACCUGGGUAAGGACAGCAACAACCUGUGUCUACACUUCAACCCCCGCUUCAAUGCCCACGGGGAUGCCAACACCAUCGUGUGCAACAGCAAGGAGGAAGGAACCUGGGGCACUGAGCAUCGGGAGCCUGCUUUCCCCUUCCAGCCUGGGACUGUGGUCGAGGUGUGUGUCUCCUUCAACCAGGCUGACCUGACCAUCACUCUGCCAGACGGCCACCAAUUCAAGUUCCCCAACCGCCUCAACCUGGAGGCCAUCAACUACAUGGCAGCUGACGGAGACUUCAAAAUCAAGUGCAUGGCCUUCGAAUGAGUGAAGCUGCCCAGCCAGUCCACAGUUCUCAAUAAAAGCAGCUGCCUUUGCUCUCCUGA